UGCCAUGCUAUAUUACACAAUAUCCUUUUCCUGUGAAAUGCAGACCUGACAGCGUGCAGCAGCAGCAGCAUAUGAAUCACUGACGCUGACAGAUUACCUAAAACGUCGCUCAAAAUUCACUAAAUCAGGCAACUCCGGUUCUGCAGCAACGCCAGCCACCACCUACCCCGAGCUCCACCCCUCUAACCCGGAGCAGGGUGGAGAAAUCCUUCGUUACGGCCGCCAGCCGGCCUGAACCAAUCGCUGGCUACGGGGGAGGUGCUGUAGGAGCGGGCAGAUAAGAGAGGCACGGAGGAAAGAAAAGUGCCAUGGAAAGUGUCUGGGCGACCCGCGGCAGGUUUGCGGCUGAGGGAUCCGGCUGCUGCAGCGCUGACACUCAGGAGAGCCGCGCAGCCCUGCAGAGCUGCUGUUAGUAACCGGAGUGCGGGGCUGGAGGGUGACCGUCUGACACAGGUAUUCCAGGAAAUGAGAUGGAAACAUGGAGUUAUUGAUGACUGCAAAACAUGAUACCCAAGGCUGUUUGGAUUAUAUGAAAGAGACACUGCUUUUAGACGUGGAGUGAAAACACCCUGUAUAACACCAUUCGAAGUCACUGGACUCGUAACACCAACCUAAGUCUCACUGGGCUCGUUUUAGUUUCCAUUAAGAGGUACAGAAAAAAAGCCUGUGCCAAGAGAUAAGCAAACUAAGGAUGAAGUUUGGUUUCCUAUUCACAUAUUUAUGUGUCCUCACAAUCAGGAAAGGUUGCAUAUGUGAGCGGUGUGAUGACUGGGGGGUUGACACCAGGAAGCUGACCCAAGUUUACGAUGGAGAACCUGUCCGCACAAGAUGCCCUGUCUUUGAGGACUACCUGAAACAUAAUUAUAGUACGGCACAUUCGGCAGGCCUUACAUUAAUGUGGUAUUGGACAGGCCAAGGGAAGGAUCUUGAAGAGCCAAUAAACAUUCGUCUUCCAGAUAACAGGAUCAGCAAAGAUAAGGACAUACUCUGGUUUCGGCCAGUUAUUCUCAAUGACACAGGGAAUUACACUUGCAUGUUGAGGAACAGCACUUUUUGUAUCAAAGUUGCUUUUCCCUUGGAAGUGCUGAGAAAAGACCAAAAUUCCUGUGUUUCUAGCACCAAUGCACCAGAGGUAGAAGAAUUCUAUUUGAGGAAAGGAGCUACAUUGACUUGUCCGGAGACCAAGGGCUAUUUUUCUGCAAACGUAACUCCUACUGUAAACUGGUACCUGAAUUGUUCUCUGGUCGACCGGUAUUUGGACAGGGAUCCUGAUGGGCUCAAUCUAAUAUUUUUUAUUAUGUCAGACCGGUAUGAAGGAAACUAUACAUGUAUUGUAUCAUAUGAGGAAAAUGGAAGAUUUUAUAAUCUUACAAGGACGGUUUAUGUCAAAGCCAUAGAGCCCUUCACUGAGGAUCCACCUAAUAUGGCAUCUCCAAUUGAUAAAGUGCUUUAUGAGUUUCCCGCAGGGGAAGACAUGCUGCUCCCAUGUGAAGUUUUUUUCCCAUAUGUAAAUAAUUCCAAUAAUGAUAUUUGGUGGACAGUGAAUGGGAAGAAUGCCAAAGAAAUGACUGACCCCAGAGUAAAUGUUAGUACAAGUAUUAAUCCCAUUGAUACCAAACGUGGGGCCAAGACCAUAACGGAGAAUCUACAAAUAAAAACCAUCACUCCAGAUGAGCUCAAGCACAACUAUACCUGCUCUGCCAAAAACCGCUUUGGUGCAGUCUCCAGGCAAGCACAUGUCAAAGAGAAAGUUGGCACACCAAGAUACAUUACUGAGCUGGCAUGUGGUCUGGGAGCAACCCUGUUUCUUGUGGUGUGCUUCAUCGUGGUCUACCACGUCUACUGGCUGGAACUGGUGCUGUUCUACAGGGCUCACUUUGGGACAGAUGAAACAAUUGGAGAUGGAAAGGAAUACGAUGUGUAUGUAUCUUAUGCAAGGAACGCAGAGGAAGAGGAAUUUGUUCUGGUGACACUGAGAGGGGUCCUGGAAAAUGAAUUUGGCUACAAGCUGUGUAUAUUUGACAGAGACAGUCUGCCUGGUGGAAAUACCGUGGAAUCUGUGUUUGAUUUCAUACAAAGAAGUCGAAGAAUGAUUGUUGUGUUGAGUCCUGAUUACCUGACAGAUAAAAGCAUUAGUAUGCUGGAGUUUAAGCUAGGUAUCGUAUGUCAAAAUGCUGUCUGCACCAGCCUGGUCAUUGUGGAAUAUAAAAUGCUCCAUGGAGUACAGACCACCAUUUCUAAACUCAAGGAGAGUGUUCCCUUUGUCCGCUGGGAAGGGGAAGGUUCCAGGCGCAGCAGCUCCAGGUUCUGGAAGGCCUUAAGAUUGGCUUUGCCUUUGCGCAGCCUGAAUACAAGGUCAAGCUGGAACGAGAGCUGCUCUUCUCAGUCAGAUAUAAGUCUUGACCAGAUUCAGAAGAAGAAGAGACGUUUAAAAGGAACAUCCGCUGCACAACCUACAAAGACCAGUGUCAAAGAUAAAAAUGUGCCUGCAGGCACAGUAAAAGUGAGAAAUGGGCAGAAGGGUGGCAAAGCCUGCCAGUGUUGUGUGACAUACUGUGAUAGCGACAACAGACUUAAGAGCAAGUGCAGGGCAGGAGCCAAGCCUAAUUGGGAAACACAUUUAUGUAAACCUGUUACUUAUGGAAAUAAAACCCGUUGGGUUCAAAAUGGUACAUCCCAACAGGGGCCAGCACAACCCCCUGUAGCAGCGUUCAGUCUACAGCAGUAUACAGAUUUAUCCAACAACAACAGUGACUUUUAUGUACUUUAAUACUGAAUAACACUGACUAUUCACAUUAGUUGUUCAACAACCAUUUGUCUAAAGGACAAUCCAGUACUGCAUAAGUACUACACAAUGUGCAGUCCCUGAGGAGUUCAAAUCAAAGCUUUCUUUGUGUUUUCAGGAGCUGAAUGCAGUAAGGAACCUAUAGCAGACUAUCACCACAAUUGGCAGGUUCUAACACAAUGCAUUUAUUUAAAUUUAAGCAUUGAAGGAUAAAACCUUUCUGAGUUCAUGCCGUACAUUUUGGAUAUUGUUAAAAAACAUUUUGGUACAGUUGACCUGGAAUAUCAUUUAUUUUGAAACCAAACAAUGUAUUUUGUGUGUAUGACGUGUGGACGUCUUCCCUGCUGUCACCAUGCACUGAUUCAGUUAAUCUCUUCUGCCAUCAAGUCACUGAAGAGACUCCUGUCUUCCUCCACAGCAACCCGAUCUAAUGUAAGAUAUAAUAACAUGAUAAAUAACUCCCUGCACUCUUGCCAACCCUUAACAGGCAUUUGUAAAGAAAAUAAAUCUAGUACAAUGGCAUCUUAUCAACCUAGAUAUAACAUAAUCUGUCAGCAAAAUGAGUAAAUGUAACUGGUACUUUGGCUGACUGAUUUCCUUGGGUGUAGAAUUUCAUGAUUACACAUUUUUAUUAAUACAAGAUUUUCUCUCCAUGAUAGCUUGAAAGAGAGUCUUUUUCUUCUGUAUUUUAAAAAUGUCACUUUCUACAGUACGUGAAACAAUGGUUAGAGUUGAACAUGUUUCCGUUUCAUUGCCUCAGCACACCAGUAUGGGACUGGUGGGAAAUAGCAGUACCACAGAGACUUGUGAAGAGCUCCUGUUUAGCCGCCUGGUAAAUGAAUGUACAUGUAACUAUCUUAGCUUGCAUAGGGGAUUAAUAAAAUAGCGCAAUGUUUUCCAACUUGUCACAUUUAUAUCCCCAUCACUAUUUGGCCAUUUUAAUAGGUAACAGAAAGACUUGUCUGAAAUCUGGCCAACAAUGAAACCUAACUGUUGGAUGGAAAAAAAAUAUUCAUUUUGUUUUUUGUAAAAUUUCAAGAGAAAUGGGAUAAAUGUAAGAGUAGGUGACUAUAGUAUUUUCAGUCACUACUGGAUUACCGUGGGGGUCUGCCACAAUACAGAACAUCUCUGGCCUGCAUUAUCAUGGUGAUUCUAAUAAAUGUAAUGCUUGGAAAGUCAUAGCCCUGUUUGUAGCAGAAUUCCAUCUAUCUGUACAGUGUAAAAUAUAUCCAAUGGAUUAGAAUUUUAUGCAUCUACCUUGAAAAAAGUACAUCUAAUUUCCAGAUUCCAAUGUAGUCUUUCUUUACGCUCAUACUGAUUGCACUUAUCCACCUGUCUAGUGGAAAUAAAAUAUAUAUGGCCUGUAUCAUCUUGGGUUAUUUAAAAAUA